AUGAGAAUUAGAUAUUUUUUUGAUGAGGUUCGAACGGUGCUUGAAGAAACAUUCAAGCAAUAUAAUACUCUCAGCCCGAAGCAAAGGUUGGCUUUGGCGAAAGAGUUGAAUCUGAGGCCUAGACAAGUGGAGGUGUGGUUUCAGAAUAGAAGGGCAAGGAUCAAAUUGAAGCAGACGAAGGUUGGUUGUGACUACUUGAGGCGGCGAUGUGAAAUUCUAACAGAGGAAAACAAGCGGUUGCAGAAGGAAGUGAACGACCUAAGAGCAUUGAAGCUCUCCCCACACUUUUACAUGAACAAGAACCCUCCGACCACCCUUACCGUGUGUCCUCAGUGCGAACAUGUGGCUGUCUUGUCUUCAUCAUCCUCAGCUACUCAACAACCUAAUCUGGAUGCGGCCCACCACCAACGCCCAAUGCCUAUGCCCGUAUCGAAGUUUCAAUCUUAAAAUAAGUGUAAAAUGGUAAUCGGUUCUCUCCGAUUUUGCCAUCUAAAACUAGGAUGAGGGGAUCUGAAAGUCUGCUUUAUAUGGAGAAAGACUUGUAAAGGAUGGUCUAGAUAGGUUGGUGCUUAUAGAUUGAUAGGGUUAUUUAAAGAGAACCCUAAUUCUCUUUUUUGUGUUUUUAUCAAUAGAAGAAUGGUUAUGUUAGGCAAAAGUUGGAUUUAAUGUUGGAGAUGGAGGUAACAUUGUUGAAACUUUUUGCUUGUUUAAUAGAAUAAUAACUUAUAAUAUAGUUAGUUUAGUAAGAGGCUUGUG